AAAUUACUAUAGCCAGGGAUGAAAGAUACGAACAAGACUCUCGGAACGUGACCCUAUAUCGUGCCGUGCUUCGUCUCGCUCGAGUGACUAGGGAGAACCUCCCAGAUCAGAAUGACACGUUCACCAUGACCAGCGAUGGCAGCAUUCGCAUCGUCCUCUUCCCGUUCCCAGGGCAGGGCCACUUCUCCGCCUUCCUCUCGCUCGCCGCCUUCCUCCACCGCGCCCACCCCACGGCCGACAUCACCCUCGUCUCCACCCCGCGCAACGUGGAAGGCCUCCGCUGCGGCUCCGCCGGCUCCCCUACGGCGCAGUAUCUCCGGUUCCACGCCUUGCCCUUCGUGCCCGCCGAGCACGGCCUGCCGGGCCACGGCGAGUCCGCCGACACCGUCCCGGUCCACCGCUUCAUCGAGCUGUUCGAGGCCACCGAGUCGGGGUCGCUCCAGGAAGGCUUCGACGGCUUCGUCCGCGACUUGACCGGCGACGACGGGGCGGGCGGCGCCGGCGCGAGGGUCUGCGUCAUCGCCGACCCCUUCCUCGCGUGGACCUCCGCCGUGGCGCGCCGGCACGGCGCCGCGCACGCCAUCUUCGUCUCCUGCGGCGCGCUCGGCGCCGUGGUGUACCACUCGCUGUGGAACCACCAGCCGCACCGGCGCGCGCCCGGUGACGACGCGUUCUUCUUGCCGGACCACCCGGAGGUCGCCGUCCACCGGUCCCAGCUUCCGCGGCACCUCCUCGACGCCGACGGCACGGACCGGUGGUCGGGCUUCCACCGCCGGCAGAUAUCGGCCGGGUACGACACCGACGCGGUUCUCAUCAACACGAUGGAGGAGCUCGAAACGGCCGGGAUGCGCAUGCUUCGAAGAACGAUGGGCGUCCCUGUCUAUCCCAUCGGCCCUCUCGUGCGCUCCAACCACGCCGACGCCGGCGACGGUGACGCCGCCGAUGUCAUCCGGUGGCUGGACGCCCAAGAAGAGAGGUCAGUGCUGUACAUAUCAUUCGGGUCCAUCAACACUCUAAGGCUCGACCAGAUGGUCGACCUCGCCGCUGCACUGGAGCUCACCGGCCGGCCGUUCGUCUGGGCCAUACGGCCGCCGGUGGGGUUCGACACCAACGGCGGCGCGUUCAGCGUCGAGCGGCCACCGAUGCCGGAAGGAUUCGUGGAGCGGGCGCGCGCUAAGAACACCGGCCUCCUCAUCCACGGCUGGGCUCCGCAGGUGAUCAUCCUCGCGCACCGCGCCACCGGCGCGUUCCUGAGCCACUGCGGCUGGAACUCGGCGCUGGAGAGCCUCGCGCACGGCCUGCCCAUCCUCGCGUGGAAGCUCAUGGCGGACCAGUUCUUCAAUGCCCGGAUGCUGGAGGAACAGUGGGGCGCGUGCGUGGAGGUGUCCCGCGGGAACGGGCCCGGCUCGCCGGCGCCGGGGCGGCAGAGGCUGGCCGACGCCGUGGAGGAAGUGAUGGGGAGCAGCACGGCGGUGGGGGACACGAUGCGACGGCGCGCCGACGAGAUCCGGGAGAUGAUUGGCCGAGCACUGGAGGGCGGUGGUUCGUCCGUCACAGCACUGGACGAAUUCUUGGCGCUAACGUCGCGCGAUCGUACUAUGGCCCAGAAAUUCUCGCACCCAAAGAUAUGAUUUUUUUUUGAGAACCCCAAAGAUAUAAUUUCUCUUGGGCAAUUUGCCAAACUUUAAGAGCAUUAUAGCUAACUAUUCGAGCUCUAAUUCAUCUACAACCAAUCUAAUAGCUAAUUCAUAGUCGCAACAUUAGUACAUAGUCACACAUGUCAUACAUAUAAUCUGUCUUGGAGUACGUGUGCAGCUGACUAUAAAUUAAUAGCUCAUCUCCCUUAUCUCUCCUCCUGUCUCUUUAAAAUAUGCUUAUAGCUGGCUUAUAGUCUGCUAUUGUACCUGCUAUAAGCACGGUGGUUUAGAGUAGGUACAGUAGCAGGCUAUACGUCAACCAUAAACAUAUUUUAAAGAGAUAAAAGGGGAGCCAACUAUAAGCAUAUUUUAAAAAGAUAAAAGGGGAGAUAGAAGAGAGGUGUGCUACUAAUUUUUAGUCAACUGCAGCACGGACUCCAAGACACGGUGUGUAUGACAUGUGGGACUAUGUAUUGCUGCUUUGUAGGUAACUAUCGUAUAAAUUAGCUUUAGAUAAAUUAUAGCUAGCAGUUGGCUAUACUACUGAACUUAGCUCUUAGAGAACCUAUUCGGCUGUCCCUACUUUUUUUUCUUGGGUAAUUUGCCAAACUUUAAGCAUGGUGCUUUAGAAAACCUAUUCGGUUGUCCCCACUUUUGAGUAUUUAAAUACCACAAUUGUUGUACAUAAUAAAUAUGUACAAAUUGUUCAUAACCGACCCAAUGAACGCACCAGGUU